UGCAGACCGAGUGGCGGAAGCGUAGCACCGGUCGCGGUGGUGGCUCCCUUAUAUUAUUACCAUGCGCCGCCCGCCGAGUCUAGCGCUGCCACCCGAACGUUAUACAACCGACGAGGAAACGGCUACGGGCCGAGCCCACGCUAUCGUGCGGAGGUGGAGAGUGUGGACGGCGGUCUGAGUUUCAAUGUUAGCCAGCCGCACCGUGACCGCCACAGACGUCGGAACGGUCGACCGUUCGCUUUUUUUUUUCGCAUCGACGAAUGUUCGUGUUUCACCGGACGCCUUCGGAGUCCGAAGACGGUAUUUUGGAGUGAACUGGACGACGAUCGACGGCAGUGAACCGACAAUAAUUAUUACUCAAAUAUCGUUAACGGUCUUACGCGUAAUAUAUAAUUAUAUCAUUAUUAUGUUGAGGUUGAUGCGUUGAGCUCGGUCCGGUGUUGUACCUAUACCACGACAGAUAAAUAACCGGCGAAUUUAUAAUUCGUACAACUCGCGUGCGCUAGUGUUGUAGUAAUUAUUAUAACAACAACAACAACAAUAAUAAUAAUAUUGUAGAAUAUUAUAAUACUUACGGGAAAAAAAAUAAACCUACUACGACGACAGUAAUUAUGUCGAGAAAUUCAUCAUUGGCUCCUACAGAAUACCUGUUCAAGAUUUUAGUCAUCGGCGAGCUUGGUACCGGUAAGACUUCCAUAAUCAAACGAUACGUGCACAAGUUCUUCUCGCAACACUAUCGCGCAACAAUCGGUGUAGAUUUCGCGUUGAAAUCGCUUGAAUGGGAUUCCAAUACCGUCGUCCGAUUACAACUAUGGGACAUAGCCGGUCAGGAAAGAUUCGGAAACAUGACCCGGGUGUAUUAUAAAGACGCACUUGGAGCAUUCGUAGUUUUCGAUGUCACGCGACCAGCUACGUUUGACGCAGUGACCAAGUGGAAACAAGACUUGGACGCAAAAGUCUCAUUAGAAGACGGUACACCGAUACCAUGCGUCUUACUUGCAAAUAAAUGUGAUGAGACUAAAGAAGGUAUGGUGAAUAGUGUAGCCAAGAUGGACGAAUUUUGCAAAGAAAAUAUGUUCACCGCUUGGUAUGAGACGUCAGCUAAAGAAAACGUUCACAUUGAUGAUGCGGCAAAAACACUUGUGUCUCAGAUUUUGAAGUACACUGCUCAAUAUAAACCGACAUACUUAAAAACAAAGGGUCAAGUAAUAUUAAACAGUGCCCCAAACGAUACGCAAAAAGGUUGCUCCUGUUGAUUAAAAUUUGAUGAAGUUAGUUAAUCAUUGAUUAUUUGUUUAUAUUAUUAUAUACUACAGUACAAAUUGUUUUUUUCUCAAUAUAUAAUGUCAAUUAUUAUUAAUGUUAGUGUCUCAAUAAUAUAUUAAAUAAUUGUAGACACCUUUUCAAUAUUAAUUUAUAAGCAAUAAGCAAAUGUAAUACUAUAGGUAUUAGUGCAUUGCAUAAUAGUUAGAACAAAAUUAAAUUACCAAUGAAGCCAACAUUUUGUUUCUAACUAACAAAAACUAUGUUAUAACUUAUAAUCCAUACAUUUUUGCAUAGUAUUCUGACCUAAUAUAUUUUAAUGCAAUAUUAGGCGUGUACCUAUAUAUAUAAUGUAUACUUAUACCUACUACGUACUUGUAUUGUAAAUAUGGUAAAAUUAAAGCAGAUUUUUAUUUCGUA